UUCAAAGUUAGUAGGACUGUGGCGCGGUUUUGAAGGUCUGUGACAAUUUAUAAUAUUAUAGGUUGAACGGCAAAUUGGACGAAGGGCACUUGGCAUAAGAUCAAUUGUAUUAAAUUAAUAAAAUAUUUUAAUUGAAUCCUUAUUUAUUGAUUGUGGAAUUAGUUUAGAUUCGUUUCUUCAUUUACUUUUGCUUGUGCUUUCAUUCAAUUUUAAUAUUCAUUGCCACGAAAUCAGGGUUAUAGAAUAUUUAUUCUCUAGUAAUGCUUUCCUUCCUGUUUGCCCUUGCCAUUUGCUCCGUGAUAAUUUGUCGAUCAUCCGCAUAUUUAGUAGCAUUAAUUGAAAGCUCUUCACAUCCAUUUCUCCCAUUGCAGAAGUGCAUCAUUCGUUUUAUCUGGAGAACUCUUCAGUCAAUUAUCCUACAAUAAAAUGUCAUUCAACUUUUUUGUCGGAUAUCGUUUUUCCUACAGAAAAGGUUUUUUCACAUUUCAUUGUAGAAUCACUUAUUCAAGUGAUAAAUGCGUAAUUAUUACAUUUAAUUUUAACACGAACUAGUUUACAGUGAAAUGACAUGUGUCACUUUUUUGCAGAAAAACUCAGCUACAAGAACGUUUUGGACCAUUUUCUUAAAAAAUCACACAUUAACGAGAUAAUUGCAUAAUAAUUAUUAUUCAUUCAGGAAAUCUGUAUUAGAAAAUAAAGGAAAAUCCUGGGAAAAUAUGAAAAUUUAUUACAUGUCUUUUAACUUCCAAAAACGAUAAUUUCGCAUGUAAACUCGGUAAAAUAAUCGAGAUAAUUAUGCAUUUAUCUCGUUAAUGAGUGAUUUUACAAGGAAAUGUCAAAGAUAUUUUUUGUAGCAGAGAAGAUUUCCUACAAAAAAGGUUCUAUGACAUUUUGUCGUAAAAUUAUUGAGUCUUGAGAUAAAUAUGAACAAAUAAUUUUUCAUCGAAAUAAUCACAAAAUCGAGAAAACUAGAGAAAUUACUUGUCAUUUUCCGCCACCACAGUACAGAAUUAAGGCCCAAAAUUGAAGGGAUUAACUUCUCGCCUCAACUCUCAAUAUAUUCCCGGAGCUUUCAGAUUUUUGAAGCCAUUCAGUAGCUUGUAAAAAAAUGUGGAAAUAUCGUAAUUUCUACGCUCUUUUUUGAGAAAAUAAUAAAAUUUGCAGACAUGAUCUGAAGUUGAGAUUAAGACGCGGAAAUUGAACCCUGAUUUUAUUUUAUUAUUACUCAUCAGAGUUAAGAGGCUCACAGCUCAUCAUACUAACUGUGGGAAUAUAUUUAAUUCAACUGUCUCCAUUAAUUUUUUUAUUUUCAAACAAUGAGAUGUAGUUGAAGACUCGAGGAUGUUUCUAUUGCUUCAUAUCUUCUCAAAUUAAUACUCUUGCACUUUCUGGGGUUGCGAUUGCGCUCGAUCAAGAUUAAAAAUAACUUUUUAGAAUUCUGAAUAUGUUGAACUGGAAUUCUUUAAUUUUACGUGUUUAUUAAUAAUUUUGAAUGUGAUUUUUCGGAAAGAAAUUCGUAACGAAAAAUGGAGAUGUUGAAAAUAUUCCAUACCAUGGAAAAUCAACUCGCUCUCAUAUCUCCUAUCACUCCACCAGAUUAUUUUUUAUUUGAAGACUCACAUGUGCAUUUAGUACGAAAUAUAAAUCGUGAUGCAUUAUUAUCAUUGCUCGCUAUAAUAAUAAAUACAAAUUCAAUAAGUUAAUAUCGAUAAGGAUUUUUUUCACAAUAAAGAAUACACGGGUCAAUGCAACUGGUGCUCAAUAUUUCGAACUAUGCCAGUGGUAUUUGGAAUGAAAAAAAAAAACAAUUACGAGCGACACAAUCCAAAUUAAAAAAAAAAUGGAGUAAUUCAGGCAAAAUUGUGUUUACAGAUUCAAUUCCCUGAAAAGAUUUUUAAUCAUUCGAUCAAACGAAUUGUUUCAACAAAAUUAUGAGGUAAACGCGACACGAUAGCUAAAUGAGUAAAAAUGAGUUCUGAUUAAUUGUUUACAUUUAUAACAGAAAUGUGUAAUUUUUAUUUAACAAAAAGGAGUGAUGAACGUUUUCAACAACUUCUCAUGUGUACAUUUUAGCAUUAGCCCUUCAUAUAAUAAAGUCCACGUAAAGGAUCAAUUGAAAAUAGGAUAAAAAUUAAAAAUAUGACAUCUCAACAUUUAUUUCUCAAACGUAUUUAAUCGUCAGUGAGUUUCUCGUUAUAUCUGACGUUGCGAAAAUUAAAUGAUUCGAAUUGUUCUCUCACCUGGCCGAGAAUUUAAUUUUAUAAGUUUUUAAUGGAUUGGUGAGAGUGUAGUGGAAAAUGACGCAAGUCCCCUCUACUCUUUAGCAAAGUGGACGAAAGGACGUAUGUGUGGGGGACUUUGAGGGGACCGUUGGGUCAGUUUAUCGUAAACACACGGGUAUUCUUUCUACUGAACCACCAGUUGCUCGUGACGCGAAGACGAGUCUUGUCGGCUACUCGUUCUCCUCCUAGAUAUGACACAAAUCCAGUGAAUUAUCUUUUAUAUUUCUGGGGAUCUUAUUUUUUAUGUAAAUCAUAAACACAAUCUUCAGUGACGAGAGAGUUGCAUCAAUGAUGAAAUUACUAGCCGGUGUAGAGGAGAUCAGCGAGAAUGGCACGAACGAAAUUGAAGAUUCCCAGAAGGCGCAUAAUAAUCACAUGGAUAAACCACCGGAGAAAAAGGCAUUUCACAAUAAGGUAGCUCACGUACGUCCAAAAAAACCGGCAGGCUCUCCAAUAAAAGGAGAACUGUCACCUGAAGAUGAAGAACGGAUGAGACGUCUUCUGCCCAUCGAAGAAGCUCCAGAGUAUCUCACACAUAAUCCCUUCAUUCUUCAUGGAUAUCGAGGAUAUUUAACUACAAAAUUGUGUAUAGAAAGUAUUUUCUGGUGGACGAAUGAAACCAUCAACAUAUGGAGCCACAUCUUCGGUUGGAUGCUAUUUCUUGGGCUGACCUUGUACGAUCUCUGCCUACUCAAUAUCCAUGCCCCUUUCGGUGAUAAAAUCAUAGUGGCACUCCUCCUGGUCUGCUUUCAGGCUUGCAUGAUUUUAUCGUCAGUCUACCAUACAUUCUCGUGCAGAAGUGAAAUGGACUACUGGUGUUUCCUCUGUUACGACUUAUUCGGAAUUGCAUUCAGUCUCUUGGCGAUUUACAUGUCGGGGGUUUACUACGCUUUCUGGUGCCACAAGGAGCUGCAGCAGUUUUACCUGAUCACAGUACUCUUGAUAUUCGUACUUGCAAUGGUACUUCAGAUGCCUAGUCUAGAGGUAAAUGGAAACGUUAAACUUCUGGUGUUCGUCGGGUGGGCGAUUUAUGGAGUUCUUCCGACAUUUCACUGGGGCAUCACCAUGGGUGGUAUGGAGAAUCCCAUGGUUAAGAUGUUGGUGCCAAGGGUUUUGGGGAUGUACGUCAUCAGUGGUGGGGCAUUUGCCAUAUAUCUCACUAAAAUACCAGAAAGAUGGUUCCCAGGCUCAGUAGAUUAUAUCGGCUCCUCUCAUCAAUGGUGGCAUGUACUGGUCGUGCUGGCACUCUAUUACUGGCACAAUACUGGUAUGCUUUACGUUGAGUACAGGAUGAACCAUGGAUGUCCCAGCAAUAUGGUAUUGUGACAUGGUACUGAGCGCAUGGAUGUCUGCACAGAUUGUUGUUCCUAUCAGACAUUCUCUUAGAACUUCAGUCCCACCAAAGUGGUUCCACGAAAUAUCACUCCACACCAAAUUCGAAGAUGUUUUCACGUUUUAAAUUCACUCAGUGCAUAGGGAUUUCGACAAACAAUGAAGUCUGUGUUUGAAAAAAAACUCAAUCGUGAAGAGUGAUUCUGGUAAUUAUUUAGUAGAUUCACACCAACGAUUUCUCGAAUUCCAAUUAAAAGAAUCUUGCUAUCCCCAAAAAAUCGAUGCGACUUCAAAAAACACCGACAAAAUAAUUUAUUAGCUUCCGAGUAAUUAAUAAUUUAUUAAUUUCCCAGUGUGAUGACGGGAUUUAUAUUAAAAAUCAUUAUAAGAUAAUCUUCAAGUUUCUCAGUUGUCAUCAUAUUGCUCUCCGCCCCCUGCCUUCCCUGCCACAAUGAAUGAGGCAUUUACAGUUAAUUCAUCUGAAUGAAAUCUAAAAGCUGUAAUAAGUAAUUAAACCAACGAGUGAUUGCAGGUAGUGAGAUGAGACGCUGAGGAAUCUAUUCUGGAUUGUCUACAUCAUUAAUCUCUUUGUUGUUCAUUAUCUUCAAGGGUAAUAAAAUGUUUCUCUUAGAUCAUGUAACGAACGGUGUGAGCAAGUUGAUAAAUCAAUCUCGCAAUCAGAGAAAGUAAAAUGAAAGAAAAAUCGAUUGACGUCCGUGAAAAUUCUGAGCGCUGGAAAUAAAUAGCUGGUGCGAAUCUACUGAAUAAUUACCGUUAUUUUAAU